CAUCUCUCCUGGUUUUCUGCAGGAGGCGCUGGCACUUCCGGUCCAAGGGUGUCCCUUUCCCUCUGCGCUCUUCCGUGGCAUCCCAGGAUGGCAGCCCACAGCGUGGCAGGACCCGAGUCAGAAGAUCUUGAGCAACGUAUCCACCACAUCAACAAUGAGUCUUUGGAAAGCACCAGACGGAUGUUGCAGCUGGUAGAUGAGAGCAAAGAUGCUGGGAUUCGAACUUUGGUUAUGCUGGAUGAUCAAGGGGAGCAGCUGGACCGCAUCGAAGAUGGCUUGGACCAGAUUAUCCAGGACAUGAAGGAGGCAGAGAAGAACCUCAGCGACAUGGCCAAGUGCUGCGGCCUUUUCGUCUGCCCUUGCGCCAGGUUAAAGAACAUCAAGGCCAUCGAGGCCAGUAAGGCCGCAUCCGGCAACGCCCAGGAUGUGGUGUCACAGCAGCCUAUCAUGAUGACAGCCGGGACCCAGAUGAUGAUGAGUGGCCCCUUCAUCCAGAGGAUAAUGAAAGACGACGUGGAGGAUGAGAUGGAGCAGAAUUUGACCCAGGUGGACAGUAUGCUGAGUAACCUGCGCAGUAUGGCGGUGGAUAUGAGCAACGAAAUUGAUGUCCAGAGCAAGCAGGUGGACAAUAUCAAAGAGAAGGCCGUUGCCAAUGUGAUCAGCAUCAACGAAGCCAACAACCAGACCACCAAGAUGCUGAAGAAAGCCUGAGGCCGCUUCUGCCCCUUGCUGCCCCUGCCCCAUGCCUUCACAAAAUGCAACAACAGUUACCGACUUCUUCCGCCCUACGCUCCGGAGUGGAUUCAUUCCCACCCAAGCAGUUUAAAUCAAGUUUCCUGUGUGAAUCUCAUCCAUUUUCUGAACCAACAUGCAUGCUUAGAGGUCGCUGAAGUGAAGCCCAAGCGAACGGCAAGCCUUUAGACAAGCCAGGGGCCCAACCCAAGCUUUGGGGCCAGGGGGGUUGUGUCUCCCUCGGCACGAGAACCCA